GUGGGGUGUGAGAACUUGAUCAGUUUGUGUCAGCCACCUUGUUCUCUAAAGAUUAGAUGCGUGGGAUUUGAGAGAAAAAAAAGGAGUCAAAACUGUCACUGAGACUUUUGGCCUGAACAACUGGAGGAAUGGAAUUGCCAUUUACUGAAAUAGAGAAGACUGAGAGACCAGGAAUCGGAUUUGGAUAUGGUAAAAAUUUUCCCAUUAGAAAUCCAAGAGGAUGGAGACAUGGAAGGAGAAUGCAUCAAGCCCAGGCGGUGGUGGAAAGAUGACAGAGUAUCUGGAUUCCCUAAGUUUUUCCUUUUCCUGUUACUGGGUAUAGAGUCCCUUCGCAGCUUGGGGCUGGAGAACACACCUAAACAUGUGGAACCCCAGUGUCGGGCAGCCAGAGCCAAAUCCAUAUCCCCCCAACAUCGGGUACCCUGGAGGUUCCAGUCCUGCCCACCUACCACCUGUCAAUCCACCCUUUCCUCCUCCCCCAGGAGUUCCCCAGUGCAAUCCAGCUUUCCCCCUAGGUGGGCCCUUUCCUCCUGUGCCACAGCCAGAGUAUCCAGGAUGCCAACCCUCAGGUCCCUACCCUGUUCCAUACCCACUGCCUGCCCCUGGAAUGCCUCCUGUGAAUCCCUUGGCUCCUGACAUGGUCGGAGCAGCAGUGAUAGUGGACAAGAAGAUGCAGAAGAAAAUGAAUAAAGCUCAUAAAAAGAGGUACAAGCACCACAAGCAUGGCAAGCAUUCCUUCUCCUCUUCCUCCUCCUCUUCCAGCAGUGACUGACUGAAUACAGGCCCUGGACUCUUCCCUCAUGUCUCACCAGUUCCGCUCUCCCAUCAAGCUUCAGAAGCCAUGUUGUACUGGGGGAAAGUAGCCCUUGUGCUCCCCACCCCUACCCUACUGUUCAGCCCUGAGUGGUCAGGAAAAUGGGAAGAGGAUUGCCAUGGCAUGGCCAUCUUCUUGCUGCUUGGAUAUAUCAUAUAGCUAAUGAGGUUAGCAGGGGAGCUAUUUUUUGAAGAUGAUGAACUAAAUGUUGAAGACAAGUUUGAGAUCUGUAAAAUGUGAUUUUUACUUCGUCUUAUAAUACUUGUGAUUGGGGAGGUUUAUGGAAAUUUAUGAUGAAAAACCUCUAUCUUUUUUGUAAUGUUGGCAUACUUGGGGAAUUUAGUGGCAAAUACAUUUCCCAGCAGGCCUUUUGUUGGUUGCACUAACUGCAAGGUUUCUGGGAAGUAUAAAAAAAAAAAAGAAAUUGAAGACGAGAUAUCAAGUAGAAAAUUUGGUAUAUAAGUGUGAGAUUCAUAGAAGAAAUUGGGCUGGGAUAAAAAAAAACUGGGAGUCAACAAAUGGUAUUUAGAGUCAUGAGACAGAUUAAGGAAGAGUAGAAGAAAGACACAGAAAAGCAGUUGGUGAGUUAAGAGGAAAACUGAUAAGAGUCAAGAGAAGAGAUUGUUUUGAAAAGGAGGGAGUAAUGGAUUAUGUCAAAUGCUGCUAGAAGAUCAUCAAGUCAAAUGAGGACUGAUAAUUGUCAUUGGAUUUAGCAGUGCUCACAGUCAUGACAAGAACCGUUUUGAUGGAGUGUUGUAAUUGGAAUAAUUUAAGAAAAAAUAGGAAGAAACAAAUCAGACACACAUGUAGACAACUUUUUCAAAAAGCUUUAAAGUAUAGAGGGACUAAAGUAUAGAGUUAGGAAUGGUGGCUUAAUCAAGGUAACAUGUUAGCCAGAAUAGAGAUUUUGAAGCCAGAGAGAGCAAGAAAGUUGAGGGUGUAUGUGAGAAAUGAUUAUAAAAAUAUAGGAUUAAAAUGGUUAUUUCUUCUGUUACUGAGGUUAAGCAUCUUUUUACAUGUUUAUUGGCCAUUUAUUUUUGUGUGUGUGUGAAUUACCUGUGCAUAUUCUUAUUGGGUGGUUCAUCUUUUCCUUAUGAGUGUUUAGGAAUUCUCUAUAUAAUAAAGAUGUCAGCCUUUA